UUGGCAAAAAAGAAAAUGUAUCUACAUUGGAUGCUGACUUUGAUAUUAGUUGCUAGAACUAGCUGUCUAGACUACGAGCAAGAUACACUUGACGAGUAUUCAGAAGAGGAUUCGGAAUCGUCGAGUCAUCAAGUUGGUAAACCUGCGUCGAAGAAAUACGGUGUGAACUACACAGACGAUGGACUCAAGGGAAAGAUAAAACGGCUACUCAAUAAGACUAUAAUCGAAGAAAGUGACGAGAACAAUGAUUUAUCAGGAACCCAGAAGACUAACGAUGGCAAGAACUCUGCACAACCCGCAGAAGAGGAAGAAACGGACAACAGAGCGUCGAGUACAUUAUUUAACUACCCAUUCUCAGUGUCCAUUCAACGCAAAGGAGCUCAUUAUGCCACUGGAGCUUUGGUCGAUAAAAGAUGGAUACUAAGCUGUGCUGGGGAAUUUUAUAACACAAGAGAAUCAAUAAAACUCCUUCGAGCGCGUUUAGGCUCUGUUCAUUGUAAGAAAGGAGGUCAAGUGGUCCCAUUCAAACGUGUAGAGAUUCAUCCAUCAUACGUGUACGGAGAACCAAAUUUCGACCUAGCUUUGUUGCGAAUGGCCCAGCCUGUGGAUUUUACGGAUUUCAUAAGACCUAUUGGACUGUCGAAGGUUACAACUAAAGUUGUAAGCGCCAAGUUCAUGACCACUUAUUGGGCAAGACUAAUUGUUAGAGGACAAAUUUUGCCAACAACCGCUCAAGAGAGGAUCAAGACACACAGCAUGAGGGUGUCCACACAGCGGUUGAUACCAGAGGCCAAGUGCCUUCAGAUGAUGACUGCCCGGAAUACCACCUUGGAUACAUCCACGAUGUGCUUGAAACCGUUUGUUACGCAUCAUAGUGUCUGUACUCCGGAUGCCGGAGCUCCAGUAGUAGCAGAAGACGGCCUAUGGGGCAUUACUUCAGGAUGGAUAGCGAUAGAUUGUAACAUAGCCAACCCUAGUCCGACAGUUUUCAGCCGAAUCGCCUCAAAACCUGUGCGAUCCUGGUUGGAUGCGCAGAUGAUUGAUAUCGUGUAAGACAUUUUCAUCAUAGCUUGACUACGACAAGUAAAGACUGGAUGGGCUGAACACGGAGAACUCUUGAGAUUUGAAAUAAUUAUGACUUCCUGUAAGGGUGCGUUCCCAUUAUGUCGUGAGACGACAGAUAGUCGUGCGGUUUAAAGUGUCGUGACUUGUAUAUUUAAAUGAAGUUGUUCACUAAUAAAACAACACGAUUAACUGUCAUUCACGACUUUUUUGACGACGACGACGACAGACUGUCGUGAUUGGGAAGGGCUAGAACGACAAUCGUGUGACGAUGAAUAUGUGAAUGUUCAGCUUCAAACGAUUCUGUGGCGGCUGCCGUGAACUGAUAAAUUGUCGUCACGAUCUAGUGGGAACAGCUAGACACGACAGUCGUUCAACGAAAAUAAUCGUCCACGACGCAGUCACGGCAGAUAGUUGUAAUACGGGCGUAUGCUAGACGUGACAGUCGCCCAACGAUAAAUAAAACGUU